UGGCCAAGGAAUUGUAACAGCUCCAAUAUUGUUUGCCAUGGAAGAAUUUCCCCAGUUACAUGCUGGUGUUUAUCAAGGUUUUGACAACCCUGAAAACAUUGACAUUGCCCUUGAGUACCUUGGGAAGAGUAAUGGAAUACAGAGGACAAGAGAGCUAGCAAUGAAGCAUGCUAACCUUGCUGCGACAGCAAUUGGUUCUCUACUGGAGAGCAAUGAUGAGAACGUAAGAAAGUCAAGGCGGGCGCUAGUAGACCUCACUCAAAGAGUAAUUACAAGAAACAAGUGGCAUAGUUGAUAAGACUAUCAACUUUUACCAAUUCAUGGUGCCAGCGGUUUUGCUUAGUGUUUUAAUCAUUGUUCCUUCAAGGUGAGUUGAAAUCUGCCCUCAUGUUUUCAACUGUUACAAAGUUUUUAAUUACUUUUUUGUAAAUGAUAGUUUCUGGGCUAAGACAGUGCACUAGUAUUAUCAGAUUAUGUUGAAUUGCUGUAUUUAUAUUUAGUUAUAACCUGCAAAUUGCUUUUACUAUUUCUGGGCUAAGACAGUGUACUAGAAUUAUCGGAUUAUGUUGAAUUGCAAUAUCUAUA